AUGGCAUACUCGUUGUUGCUGCUUGUUUUUUCUGCUGCGAUUUUUAUAUGCUAUGUAUCUUAUGAGCGUCUAUUCAAGAAAGUGAAGAUACCUGAUGGCGCCAAAACACUGCCGGGUCCAAAAGGAUACCCGAUCAUUGGAUCAGUUCCUGAUCUUGACCCAAAGAAUCCAUGGAUGAAAAUGGUGGAAUGGAGUAGGGAAUAUGGAAAUAUGUACCAAGCGAAUUUGGCCGGUGAUACUACUGUCUGGAUUACCUCUCAUAAAAUCUGCGAAGACCUGUUUGUCAAGAGAGGUGCUAUCUAUUCGGAUAGACCAUUUCUUGCAGCCAUCGGAGAAGAUUGCAGAUACACAAAUCGAUACAUCCCCCUUGUGACCAAUGGCGAUGACAUGAGGCGCAUCAAAACUUGGAUGAAGGCCACCAUGUCCAGCAUACCACCCGAUCGUCUCAAGGGCCUGUCUCAAAAGGGCGCCGCAACAUUCGUCACUCGUCUCAUCGCUCAACCACACCUCUUCAAACAAUUCUGCGAAGAAUGUACCGCUCAAGUCUCAUCGCAAAUGGCCUGGAAUGAUCCUCGUCUCUCCACCGCCAAAGAAACCAUCAUGCGUGCCAAUCAACUCCUCCGCCGUAUCUCAGCCGAUGGUGAUAUCCAAAACAAGCUUCCUUUCCUCCGCAAUAUCCCAGACUGGGUGCCCGAUUUUCUUCAACCUUGGAAGGUAGCAGAACGAGUACGUUUUCAACGGGAGAGAAACUUUUGGUUCGGAGAAAAAGAGGAAGUCAGGAAGUCACUUCUAAAUGAGAAGCCGGAACCAUCCUGGAUGGCACGACAUCUGAGCAUGCCCACUACACCUAAAAUUGAAGAAGAUAAUACCUAUUCGAUCGGCAUGUUGGCGUUGAUUGGAAGUAUUCUUACGUCGUCACCCAUUCAAAGUUUCUUCCACGCUAUGAUUGUUAGUCCAGAGUGGCAGGCCAAGGGACAAGAAGAGGUCGAUAGAGUCUGUGGGGAUCGACCACCUACUUUUGAUGAUAUUCAGCAAUUGCCUGUUGUGAGAGCGAUCAUUAGAGAAAUUUUCAGGUGGAGAAGUCCGGCCCCUGCUGGCGUUCCUCACGUACUCUCACAAGACGAUGUAUACGACGGAUAUUUCCUCGCCAAAGGCACCGUCUGUUUCGCUCUCGAAUGGGGUCUCUGCCGUGAUCCAGUCCUCUACCCAGACCCCGAAAACUUCCGACCCGAGCGCUGGCUAUCCCCGAAGCCUCUGACCCACUUUCCAUCCAUCAAAGCCAAUCACGGAUUCGGUUGGGGAAGACGAGCUUGUAUUGGACAGGAUCAUGUAGAGAUGUUGUUACUUACUGUUAUUGCGACGAUCUUGUGGAGUGUGGAUAUUAGAAAGCAGAAGAAUGAGAAGGGUGAGGAUAUUGAGGUGCCUUGGUAUGAUUACACCGCGUAUGUGAUUGUCAGACCGGAGUGGUUUCCUUUUGCUUUGGUGGAGCGAAAGGGCGGAGUAGAUAGAUCUGCUUUGUUGAGGGAAAGAGCGGAUAUGGAGAUGGUUAGUGGAGAGGAUGGAGUUCUUAAUGGGAGGGCCGUCGGGUAUGAGAAGAGAGAGAUUUCUUUAAUAUAG